AUGUCAGACUCAUCGCGACUGUUGAAUCCUACUAAAGAAGACGCAGAGGUGCACCCAGACGUGACUAAUGAGGCGACUACCAUCUCCACGGCAAUUUUACAAGAUCGAUUCCUCCCUCGGCGUCGCCAACGGUACCGCGAACGCCGCAACGUGGUUGGGUUAAAAUUUCCAAGCGCCUCGAUGAACUCACCGGCCCCGGCCUCCAGGCAACGACGUUUCUUUUACUACUUGUCAGGGUGCUCGCUACCAGAUUCGUACUUGAUCUACGACAUUAACGCUGACAAGCUCACUCUGUUUAUACCUCCUAUUGAUGCGGAAGAGGUAAUCUGGUCAGGGCUUCCCCUCUCCGCGGAUGAGGCUAUGAAGCUUUACGAUGUUGACUGUGUACUUGCGGCGACUGAAGUCAAUGCCACUCUUCGUUCUAUUGGCUCAGCAUAUGGUGGCAAUGCCGUAGCUUUUGCGAUCGCUGAUCAGGUCUCUAGCGGAGCGGAAUUCCAAGGUUUUGCAGAAACCAAGCUUUCCGUCCUGAAGGAAGCUAUUGAAAAGGCGCGCGUCGUGAAAGACGAAUAUGAGAUCGCUCUUUUGCGAAAGGCUAAUGAUAUCUCUGCCAAGGCACAUAUUGCUGCUAUAAGAGCUUCAAAGACUGCAGUAAACGAGCGUGAGAUUGAGGGCGCGUUUAUCGCGACGUGUAUCGCUCAUGGUGCUCGUGAGCAAUCUUAUCACCCCAUCGUUGCUUGUGGUGCAAACGGUGCCACCCUUCACUAUGGCAAGAAUGAUGAUGACCUGACGGAUCCUGCAACGAAGCAAAGGAAGAAUAACAUUCUCAUUGACGCUGGAGGCGAAUACCGGGCAUAUUGCUCGGAUAUAACGCGCGUGUUCCCUUUAGGUGGGAGCUUCACAAAAGAAACCCGCCAGAUUUAUGAGAUCGUCCUACAAAUGCAGCUGGAAUGCAUCGCAAUGCUCAAAGGAGAUGUGCAAUGGGAGGAUGUGCAUGCGCAUGCACACCGUGUUGCCAUCAAGGGCUUGCUCGCUUUGGGGAUUCUAAGUGGCUCCGAGGAUGAAUUGUUCGAGAAGAGAAUCAGCGUAGCGUUUUUCCCUCAUGGUCUCGGGCACUAUCUUGGGAUGGAUACGCAUGACACUGGGGGCAAUCCAAACUAUGGCGACAAGGAUACCAUGUUUAAAUACCUCCGUGUCAGAGGCCGUCUGCCUGUAGGUUCCGUUAUCACUGUUGAACCAGGGAUCUACUUCUGCCGCUUCAUUAUCGAUCCCUAUACUCAAUCUCCAGAGCUGGGGAAGUACAUUAAUACCACUGUCCUGGAGCGGUAUUGGAUGGUGGGGGGCGUUCGUAUCGAAGAUAAUAUUCACAUCACCAAAGAUGGCCACGAAAAUUUGACCACAGCGCCGAAAGCCAUAGAAGAAAUGGAAAGCUUGGCCUUGUAG